UUUUUUUCAGAACUUGAACUCAAAGUUUUCCUGAAAUUGGCUUCCAAAGGUGCUUGGUUUGCUGGCACAGCAUUCAUACUGAAGAGAUACAUAAAUGAUCCAGAAACACUAGUAAAGUUGUUUGCUUCUGUUGUUCUACCUUCAGGAAUUGUUGUAAAGUAUCUUUGUGAAGGUUCAGUUCUUUGUGUUCUAGAAGCAAGUGAUUUACUGAGCUUGCAUACUCUCUGGAAGAGCUAUGAGAAUGGCGUGCUCAAAAAGGCUUUGGAGGAGGUUUUGAUAACAGAGGACCUAAAAAAGUUGGCAGAAGGUCAAGAAAUAAUCUUGGAUGUAGAUCUAGACAGGGAAAUGUACCAUAAUGCAUGUUUGGAUCUUAUUGUGAUAAAGGAGAAGGGUAAGAGUUAAAUGCUUUAUUCUGUGGUUUACAAAAUGAUGACCAUUUUUUUAAUUAUCAGUUAUAAUUUUGCCAGUGGAAUAUGAUCAUGUGACUGAAUCUGUACCCUAUGUGCAUAUCAUACAAUUAUUCCCCGAAAUUUAAUUUUGUUUUUAAUAUUAGACUUUAAAAUUCAGACUUCACUUUAUUCUUCAGAAUAAUUUUAUUAUCCUGUUAUCAUGAAGAAUUUUUAUGGUUUUUAGUUGAAAUUUUUGUUCUUUUGGUGUAUCAGUUUACAUACAAACUGUAAUAAGAAGUAGCAGUCCUUCGCAACCAGGGGCUCCAGUGUUUAAUAAUUAAAUUAACACUUCUCACUGGGCUGAUUAGAUUAGAUCAAUUUUUCCUUAGUUGAUGAGAUUUAUCACAUAGUGGAGUUGCAGAGACCACGCAGUUUCUCUGAUCCCACAAAAGGUCAAGCUGAAAGACCCUUGAACUCCUUUCAAGAAGAAAGCUUUCGUCUAAUGGCUACAACAGAGAGGAAGAGACGUCUUCAUGCAGAGAAACAGCUUGAUAAGUUGAAAUCAGGUCAAAUGUUAGAGCUUCAUUUUCCUGAGUUACGCCAGCUUUAUAGUGACAAGAAUUCUCAAGAUGAUAACUCUUCUACAACAAGCACAUUAGAUGAGGGUGGGUAUUUGAAAAUAUUGUUUUUUAAUAGCUAACUCUUUUUUCAACAUUCUUUUGAAUCCUUUUGUCCCUUUAGUGUGAGGACAAUACCUGGAACGUUACCAUAAAAAUGAUUUUCUUGUACAUUUGGAAUGAGGAAUGUUUGUUGUGGCCAAUUACUUAAAACAGGCAGUCCACCUCAUAGAAAGUCUAGGAUACCUGUAUCAAGCCAGAGGCCAGAGGCCAUUUUAUUUUGACAGGAAAAGUAUAUAAUUCUUUAUUUCAAGUGCGGAAAAAUCCUCAUUUUCGUUUUAUGCAGAAGCCCCUUCUGGAAGCAACAAUCUCCUUAUUGAAAGUUUUUGAAAUUCCGGUCACACACUCACUUGUGGAUAUAACUAAGAAGCCUUUGCAGAUAAUUGUUCAAAGGAAUCUUAAUAACCAACCACAGUUUGGACUUUAUUGCCUUUAUUGCCUUUAUUGUUUUUCGCUUCUAUUAAGGGUGCAACCAAUCUUGUUAGAAAAUCCAGUUUAACUCAAUCUUUUUAACCCAACCCACAAUAUUACCUUUAAAAAUGAAGAAAUGAUCAUCGCAGUGAACGCAAUUUAUGCAAUUGCGUAAAGAAGCCUGAAAAAAAUUCAGGACUUCAACGGGGUUUGAACCCAUGACCUUGCGAUUACCGGUGCAAUGCUCUACCAACUGAGCUACGAAGUUCAUAUAUGAACUGCGGAAAUGAAAUGAAAAUGAAGAAAUGAUCGUCGCAGUGAACACAAUUUAUGCAGUUGUGUAAAGAAGCGUGUAAAGAAGCUUCUUUACGCAAUUGCAUAAAUUGCGUUCACUGCGACAAUCAUUUCUUCAUUUUCAUUUCAUUUCUGCAGUUCAUAUAUGAUUCAUUUCAUAUAUCAUUAACACUCUCUUCCUUCACGGGAACAUAUGAACCCACAAUUGACCUGCUCCCAACGUCAGUGGCUUCAUAGCGGAGCUCUUGCCCACGAAGCACACCAGCGGAGCACCAUGGGUAAGAAAAUAAAGUAAACUACCCAUCCGAGAAAAUUUGGUAAUCAUGUGACCGUACACUGCCCACCCGCCCGAGAGACCGUUCGUCCGCACCACAGGUAUACCAAUGUUAAAUAACUCAAUUAACAGGUAUGGUAACCCAAAUGCAACUCGAGGUUAUUUUGGUGGGAAAUCACAUAGCCACAGGCGUCUUGUAAAGCAGAGACAACAAAAGACAAAAAAGACGAAAAUGGAUAGCGGAAAUUGUUUCUGUAUCUGUGUUGUCUAAAGUAUUAAGCUUAGAUAAAUUGUCAUGUCCACAAAUUUGGAAUAUAGAGCAAGAGAAAGGCAGAGAAAAAGAGAAAGUGGGCGGCAGGCCAGCAAAGCUCAACGAGAAAAAGGGAGACAGGGAUUUAAAGCGAGAGAUAAAAAACAAAGGAGACAUUUUUUUGUUGGAAGAACAACAUGCAAAUUUUGUAGCAGCGGUCAAAUGAGAAAUGCUAGCAGCCACCAAUGCAAGGUGAAGAUGAGCGGCAGUGAAAAAAGUGAGUGGGAACACGUAUGACAUUUCCUACAUAAAACGUGUAACUAAGAAGUUUCUGGAGGUUUCACGUAGUCGUGCAAAACAACGGCAAAGAAAUGUACAAAAAAGUGUGCUGCACGUGCAAAGUUGCUUUUGCUAAUUACACCUAUUGUUGUUUUUCACUGUUUUCCGGCAUUGCAUGCCUUCGCCGCUUAGCAUUACAUGAUUUAAUAUUUGUUUGAACAAACUAUAAAUAUUAUCGAGAGCUUCGCUUUUAGCCAUGGCUAAAUCUAUAUAUUAGCUCAUUUGGUAGAGCAUCGCACCGGCAAUCACGAGGUGACAGGCUCAAACCCCGUUGAAGUCCUGAAUUUUUUUCAGGUUUCUUUACGCCUUAUUGCAUAAAUUGCAUUCACUGUGACGAUCAUUUCUUCGUUUUCAUUUCCGUUUUCAUAUAUGAUUUAUUUCAUAUAUCGUUUACACUCAUUUCCUUCAUGGGAACAUAUGCUCCCAACGUCAGUCACUUCAUAGUUCAGUUUGUAGAGCAUCACACCGGUAAUCGCAAGGUCACCGGUUCAAACCCCGUUGACGUCCUGAAUUUUUUUCAGGCUUCUUUACACAAUUACAUAAAUUGUGUUCACUGCGACGAUCAUUUCUUCAUUUUCAUUUCAUUUCGGCAGUUCAUAUAAUGAUUUAUUUCAUAUAUCAUUAACAAUAUUACCUUUAGCGUGCAACAAAUUAACACAUGUAAUUUGGUGCACAUGAGAAAAAUUAUGAUUGAUAAAUCUUGGUCCAGUUUGUAACACACCCACAGACAGAAAUUGAGCUAAUAUCAUUUAAUUGAACUUUUAAAAUAGUAUACAAACAUAGUUAUGUCAUGUCAUGUCAAGAAAACAAUGGAACAAAAAAAGAUGGGGCAGUUUAUGAGAUUGCCGAUAUUCCAACAAAUUAUUAAAAAGUAUCAUAAAUGUUUUUGAAAAAAUGGAUGUUCAUGUGUAUUAAACCCUUCUUCACUGUAAAUAAAACCGUUGAACUACGCAAUUGUCAUUAGACAUUAAAUUGAAGUGUGUGCAUGUGUAAAUGGUAGUGUGUAAAAGACACAAGUCACAGUUCAGAUGAAGCUAAAAUUGACCUCAAGUCCUUUCAUGGGCUAAACUGUUCAAAGCUGGAAAAUUAUCCUCAUUUCAUGCUGCUUCUUUUGGAUGUUGGUUCAAACGCGUAGAGUCAAACCACGUACCUGGACAAUCAGAAAUACUGUGGCCCUUGGCGUUGAAAUGUUGGGCCACAGAAAGCCCAGGAGUGUUGUUGAAUUUACUUCAAUAAUAAGAUUGAUAAGGCAAUAAAAAAAUUAAAGCCUUUAAGGUGAUAAUGAUAUCCACACGUUUGUGAUUAGAAAAUUUUAUGGAAUUGAAGUGUUAAUUCUAGCUUAGGUUUGCUGCAUUCCAUUUCUGUAGAGGACCUGCUAAAUUGGGAAGAUGAGAACAAUCCAUCAAACGAGUUCUGGAAAUCAAUCAAGGGUGGUUUUAAGGAAAAGGUAAUCUAGCUCAAAUUAGUUUAGCUUUAAAGCAUUGACUACAGUAGCCAAAUUUUAAUCUAGGGGAAUUCACUUCUGAGCAUACAAUUGCAAAGGCUGCCCAUCAUUUUAAUACUUAAAUGGGUCUGAAAUGAUGGCCAAAGACAGUUUUAAGCAUUUUUGAUCAUUAAUAAUUGUCAUCAAUAUUUUUAUCGUUAGUCAUCACGUUCUUAAUGACUGUCGACAAUACUUGAUAUGAUGUCUUUAUUAUGCUUAGAAACCAAAUUCUUUCUACCUAAUAGUGUUGGACAGACUUCGAGGACGCAAUCAUCAAAGGAUUCCCUGAUGAGCUUGAGCAAGGAGGGUCUAUCCCAUUACUAAAAUUCCUGGCAUAUGUGCUCGGAGUUAACUAUGGUAGGAAAUUUUUUAAUUUCUUUUGGUGUGCAUGUGAUGUAAACAAAAUGACCUUUUUAGUUUUAUGAUGCAUUGAGGCAUCUGAACACAUGUAAAUCUAUUUAAAGAGUGCUACUUUUUACCACUUUUGCAUUAAAAUGGUAGUGUAGAAAACUGUCACAUAAACUAGAAGCUAAUAUUGUUUGGGUUUUCGCUAUCUGAACAGCCUUUGUAGUUAAAAAUUAAAUAGUGAUGAUCCAUAAUUAACUCAUCACUUUUAUGGCAAAUUUCAAUGGGACAAUAUAAUGGUUGUAUUAUUGUGUUUCUGGUAAUCAUGUUGACAAGUGUCCCUUGAAACUAAACUUUAAAAAUGAAGAUCAUUUAUCUUUGAUGUUAUAGAUUCUUGAUGAAUAUUGAGUGGUGAUGAUAUUAAUUUUUUUAUGGCAUUAAUACUAUUAAGGCAGACACUUUUAGAACUUUGGAAUCCCGCUCGUCAUUUCAACAGUUUUGAUUUUUAAUUUUCACUUUUAGACAAACGGGCAUCAGAAAAUGUAUCACUUAGUCAUUUUAUCAGAACCUCAAAGUGGUUUGGAUCUUUUACAAAAGGGUCUCAAGGCUGCUUGAGCAAGGUAAAAGUUUAUUUUCACAUAACGUAAUUUGUGAGUAAAUUUGUUAAUAAGGGGAUAAAAAAGUGAAUGCUCACAUCUGAAUCUUAAUGUUUAGUGCUUUAAAUAUGUAAUUUUAAUUUUGUAUUGAAUUUUAGACUUUCACUUUUUUAGAUUUUAGCUUAGCAAGGAAAUUUUUUAUUAUAAUUAUUGUUAUUACUAGCUUUUUAGGAAUUUUAAUUUAUCUUUUAAUUGUAACUUAAUGUAAAGUGCUUUUGAAUAUUUUAUAGUUCUAGGGCUAUACAAAUUCUUUAAAAUUAAAAUUGAAUUAAUUAAAUUUUUUUCAGUUCAGGUUAAAAUUAAUACACUUUUUUAAAAUGAUAAUUGGGUUUUAUGAUUGCCAAAAUUUAAUCACUAGCUUCAUAAUGAUAGCAUAUUUGUUUGAUGCUCUGUUUUUAUAAAAAGCUUGAGAAAUGCUUAACCACUUUCCAAAUGUCAGUAUUGUCCCAAAAAAGCAUGAAGUCAGAGACUCCUCAGUUUACUGGUAGAUGAGUCAAGGGGUUGUGCUUCUCUUAUCUUACUAAAAUUUUGUGUUUUGCCAGUGCAUCUACACUACAACAAUGCCAAUGAAAUAGAUAAAUUUAAAAUAAUUAUUCUUUUAAAUUUUUGUUGUAUGAAGAUGGUUCAUUUAAUGGAAAGCUCAGCUUCUUUAAGUCCUGAUGGUGAAAAAACAAGGUAAUGGCAACCCAAUCAUAUUUUACUGUCCAAAUCUUAAUUUCUCCCUCACUGGGAUAAUAGUACAAGAAAUUAGUGGACUACUUACAACUCUUUAAGCUGUAGAAUGAUAGGAAAUUCCUUUCAACAAUAUAUGUCAGAAACCCAGUCCCUUUGUAGUGUCUCUUUUAAUGAAAAACGUUACAAACAGACCAAGCUUGUGGAUCUGUUUCCCUGUCAACAACAAUCAUUUUUACAUUAUUCUCAUACAUGUACUUCCGCUUUAUGUAAGUGGAUGGCUUUGGUCACAUUUUAGUGAUACAGAGACAGAAAGUCAUUUGGGCUGAACUCUUGUAAACCCCAUAGAACAAAGUGACAUUCCCUAGUUCAGAUCCUCCCAUCAACAUCAUCAUCAUUAUCAUUAUCAUCAUCAACUUUACUCACGUUCAUAGAAAUUUACAUAAACGUUUGGAUUGUUUAGUAUCAAAUGGAAGGUGCAAUCAAGGGGAUUAGUGGAAUGGACACUCAUUGACUUGACCCAGCCACCUCAAGUCGACUGAAAGCUAAGGCAUUUCGUGUAAUUAUGUAUGCAUGGUUACAAUACAAGAGUAGGGUGUAACUUGUCAUGCCUUCUUCUUCAGGUUCUAACUUUAUCUGGUCACUUCUAAGCUUUAUAUGUCUCUGACAAAAUUAUUUCAUCUUACUGCAGCUGGUUUGCAGGAUACAUGACAGAGAGUGAGGCAAAACAGAAACUUCUAAAUCAUGAGGGUGGAGCAUUCCUGGUCAGAUUCAACACUUCCAUGGUGUCACCUGGCUUUGUGUUGUCGACUAAGUCACAUAGCAAUGACUUCGUUGAGUAUAAUAUAGAGGCAAGUUUUGUCAGUAAUCAUUAUUUAAAAUCAUGA